AUGACGGCGGGGACGGGCGGAGCGGGGGGGUCAAGGGUGGUGGAGAGCGGGGGAAGCGGGGACAGUCGGGAGUGGGAGAUGGGAGAGGGAAGAAUGCGCGGAGGACGCGUGAACGUCGUUCCGCGGCAAGAAGCGGUGGAGGAGAAGCGGGCGGGCACGGCUGCAAGGGGAGUGAGCGUGGGGGAGGUGGUGCGGGGCAGCGGCGUGGAGGAGGGAGGGCUGGCAGGCGCGUCACACAUGACCGUGCGGUCAGCUCCCACCCUAGGGGCAGCAGACCCCUGGUCACACGCGCCCUUCAGUGUGGGCAGUCACAGGAGCGCCCAUGCGGAUGCAGGCGCAUCAAUGGAGGGCCACCUGUGCAAGGAGCCAUCUCUGCUCGUCUUCUCAGGAGGCACGGCUUUCAACGCGGUGGCGGAGGAGCUGCACGAGUGGACCACCGCUGUGGCGCACGUGCUGCCCGUCUCCGAUGAUGGCGGCAGCACCGCAGAGAUCGUGCGAGUUAUAGGUGGGCCUGCCAUCGGUGACAUUCGCUCGCGCUGCCUGCGCCUGUCCGACGGGUCGAGCCACGAGGCCAGAGCAGUGCGGCGACUGCUGGGACACCGCCUGCCACUGCACCCCGCGCAAGCCAAGGCAGAAUGGGUGAGCAUAGUGGAGGGCGAGCAUGAGCUGUGGGGGGGCGUGUCGGAUCCAUACAAGGAGAUCAUCCGCGCCUUCCUCCUGCACUUCCACUACCAGAUCCUCCGCAAUGCAGGCCACCGCUUCUGCUUCCAGCAUGGGAGUGUGGGCAACUUCUUCUUCUCAGGCGCGCGCUCCUUCUUCCGCUCGCUCGACGCCGCCAUCUUCCUCUUCUCCCGCGUCUCCAACAUCCCACAGCGCAGCCUCGUGCUGCCCUGUGUCUGCACCAACGACCGCUUCACUCUCGGCGCCGAGCUCUACGACGGCAGCAUCAUCCGCGGGCAGAACUGCAUCUCACACCCGGCUGUCGUGGACAGCCCCCGCCACCUGCCGCUCUCCGUCGACAAGUCGUCUGACACGUCGCCUCCUCUACCCGCCCCGAUCCGCCGUGUGUUCUACAUGUCGAGUGAAGGCACCAACCUGCUGCAUGAGGUGUUCCCGCGUGUGAAUCCGCGAGUGCUGGAGCAGAUCGCAUCAGUGGAUGCCAUCAUCUAUGGCGUUGGCUCCCUCUUCACCUCCAUCUGCCCCUCCCUGAUCUUGCGAGGGGUGGGAGAAGCAAUCGCUGCACGAGCAUGUCCCAAGGUGCUAGUGCUGAACGGGUCAGUGGACCGUGAGACAGCGGGCAUGGCGGCGUCAGACUUCGUGCUCGCCAUCUGCAACUGCCUCAACCGCACCUUCGGAGACGACUCCCACCACCGCCUCACCCACUCGAGGGAGGAGCCAUUCCCCUUGACCAUGAACGCCUCACAUACUUGGGAGUCACCUCUGUGGUAA